AUAAUGCUAAUGCAUACAAUUCUUGGCAUAUUUCUUGGUUGGUGGCGGAAAGAAACAAGCAUUUUCUUGCAUCGCCGGCAUCGCUGUCUUCUACCUUCUCUCAACACAUUAUCAUCAUCUCAUCUACGCUCUACGCCAUGCUCUAAUAAUGAGGCGCCAAAGCUAGUCACUAUCAAAAUCACACUUAAUUAGAUUCCUCGGAAUAAUCGAAAACCAUAUAUACUCGGAGAUUCGCCGCGCGCGCGAGAAUCAUUUAAGAUGGGGUGCGUUCAAACCAAGGGGGCCUCAUGCAGUUCCCCGCGGGCGGCGGUGACGCUCGAGAGGCUGAAACAAGACGGCGGCUACGUGAAAGUGGAGAGAGCGGCGGAGGAGAGGAGAAUCAGCAGGGAGAGCGAGAGGAGGCAUGGCGGCGUGUCGCAGAGGAUAUCGGCGAAGAAGAUCGUGGCCGUUGAUGAGACGACGGCCACGGUGGAUGGAUGGCCGCGGUGGCUGAUUGAGAAUGUCAAGGAAGAUGCUUUGGCCGGCUUCAUUCCUAAGAGCGCCGAUUCAUACGACAAGCUAGCAAAGGUAGGGCAAGGAACAUAUAGUAACGUGUACAAAGCACGUGACAAAGUGACCGGAAAAAUCGUAGCUCUAAAGAAAGUCCGAUUCGACACGUCGGAGCCGGAAAGUGUGAAAUUCAUGGCAAGGGAGAUCAUAAUACUCAAGAAGCUUGAUCAUCCAAACAUCAUCAAGCUUCAAGGAAUAGCAACUUCAAGAAUGCAAUAUAGUCUCUAUUUAGUAUUCGAUUUCAUGCCAUCCGACUUAACCAAACUCAUCUCUCGCACCCUCACCCAGCCUCAGGCCAAGACCUACAUGCUGCAGCUCCUUUUGGGCCUGCAGCAUUGCCACGACAAGGGGAUAUUACAUCGAGACAUAAAAGGUUCCAAUCUCUUGAUCGAUAAGAAUGGAGUACUAAAAAUUGCGGAUUUCGGGCUGGCAAAUUUCUACACCACUAAUCCUUUAACAAGCCGGGUCGUCACAUUGUGGUAUAGGGCUCCCGAGCUGCUUCUCGGCGCCACGGAUUAUGGCGUCGGGAUUGAUCUCUGGAGUGCAGGGUGCCUCCUAGCGGAGAUGUUUGUCGGCCGGCCUAUUAUGCCCGGCCGGAAUGAGAUUGAGCAAUUGCACAAGAUAUUCAAGCUUUGUGGAUCGCCAUCGGAGGACUAUUGGAAGACGGUGAGGCCACCGGCUUCCUUCCGGCCACCGCAACAGUAUAAAGCCAACUUCGAGGAAGCAUUCCCACGUUUUCCUAAAUCUGCUCUUGGCCUUUUGAGUACACUUCUAUCGCUCGACCCAACCGUAAGAGGAACUGCUGCUACAGCACUCACAAACGAGUUCUUUGUGGCAAGUCCCUUGCCGUGUGACCCGUCCGGUCUACCCGUGAUAAGCACGGCCGAAAAUGGAGCGGUUCAAUCAACGAACCGGAGAAGAAUUUCCAAUGCAAAACAACAAUCUCGAAUUAGCAAUGGUGAUCAUGGAAGAAAGGUCUCAUUCUCUGAUUUUCUUGGAGAAGAUGCAUAUGCCAAACAGGAAAUGGAUAUGGCAACAAGCUCAAGCAGCUCGUCGUCGGCGACGAAAUUGAGCCGCCUCCACAGCCCUCCGCCGUCCCCGACUCCGGCGGCUUUCCGCACCCUCCACAACCGUGCCGCGAAAACCGAGGCCCAUCCAAAUGCGCUGAAAAACAUCAAGAACUAUCCUCUGCUUCUGGCCUCCUUAACCGAAGCCGCGAAUCACCUCAAGGAGAGCAACUCGAGCCUCUACCGCCGUUCGAUCUCUCACAUCGAUUUUCGAGAUCUUGAUCUCGAGAAGAUCUCCAAGUUGUUUGGCUUAGACGAUGAUAACGAUAACGUUAAUUGAUGAAAGCGUGUUCGUCUUCAUGUUUGUGUUGUGUUUAGCUCCGGAUGAAUAAUUAUGUAAAGUUACGUACGUAUAGAUUGAAUCCGGAUCGUUAUAUGUGCUAUCUUCUUAGAUAAAAUGAUGGAUGUUGUAUGCAUUAUUUUGUUGCUCAUAUAUAUUAAUUUAGACUUGAUUUUUU